GCCAGAGGCUUUCAUGUUCUUUAGGGCUCUGAGUAAAAAAAAAUCAUACCUUUUCUGUUCUUUGCAUUCUCAAGAACAACUUUUCGAUUAGGCUAUGCUCAGAGUUUCGAUAUCUCUAUAAUAUAUAUGUGUGGGCAUCUCAAAGGAGUUUGUUUUUAUCAUUUAUGCCUAACCUGUUCUCAUUUGUGUAAUGUUCUGUCAUUGAGUCUUUAUCUCUGUGGCAAUAUGAUUCUGUUCUUUUGUACAAUGCAAUGUUGUUAUUGAUAUUAUUUUUUUUAUUCUCUCUCUGGCUGGUUGUGACUGAGAAUGGAAAAAGAUCGUGGCAGACAGGAUAUUGAGGAGGUUCCAUGUUCUGGUUCUUCUAGAAUGGAGUUAAAGAGGAGUCAUCAGUGGCUGACAGAAGAGUCCGGGUCUGAAGUGUUCAGUAGCAAGAGGCAGGUGGUAGAGAUUGAUGGUUUCUCAACUCCGCAUAUGAGUUUAUCUGCCUGGGAGAGUUCUCUUGUGCCUAGACAGUUGACUGAUUGCUUAUUUGAUCCUGCUAAUGCGCAGCAUUCAGCACAUCUCCUUGGCAGAAAUAUUUCUUCUGCAGACAGUCAACAUAUUGAGGAGCAAUCAAUUGGUUUUCCGGUGGUUCAUGGUAGCUCAUUUGAUCUUGACGCCAUUAGAAAGGUUAGAGUCAAUGAAGUGUGUGAAUCUGGAGACAUACCCGAAUCCAUGGUUCAGUUUUAUGGUGAAGGAACAUCAAGAUCAUUUGGAAUGGGUCCUUCAUGUGAUAGCACGCUCUCCUAUGGCCAAACCUGCAGUAAUAUUGACAAGAGCUUCAUCUUGCCAGGCCCAUUGCCUGAUGGAAACUUCAGUUAUGACAAAGGAGAUGAAAAUGUCUUCUCAACGUUUCAACCAUUUGAGAAAGGAGUAGAAAACUUUGCAUUGAUGAGUCAGUCUCUAUACACGGAAGGCAAUGAGAUGGCAUUUAUGGUCUCAAGCCAAGGGAGAGCAGACCAGAACAAUGAUCAAGUUAGUCACGCGGAUAGAAGCAAGACCAUAUCUUUCGGAGAUUAUCAGAGUUCACCAGUUCAUGUUAUCAACAGUUUUGAGAACUUCAACCAUGCCCCUAAAGUUCUGCUUCAUACGGAAGCAGAGGAAAACAUGUCUUUCGAAUUUAGAAGCCCACCCUAUGCUUGUCCUGGAGUUGAUACCUUGCUCGUGCCCAAAAGUAAGGACUCAAAGACAGCUAAGAAGGGUUCUACAAACACAUUUCCUUCAAAUGUUAAGUCCUUUCUGUCAACAGGAGUGCUUGAUGGGGUUACUGUGAAGUACUACUCGUGGUCACGUGAGAAAAAUCUCAAAGGAGUUAUAAAGGGGACUGGGUACCUAUGUGGUUGUGGCGACUGUAACCUUAAUAAAGUUCUGAAUGCUUAUGAGUUCGAGCAGCAUGCUAAUUGCAAGACAAAGCACCCAAAUAACCACAUAUACUUUGAGAACGGAAAGACCAUUUAUGGCGUUGUUCAAGAGCUGAAGAACACACCUCAGGAGAAGUUGUUCGAUGCUAUUCAAAAUGUAACAGGAUCUGUUAUCAACCAUAAGAACUUCAACACCUGGAAAGCUUCAUAUCAAGUUGCCAGCCUUGAGCUUCAGCGGAUCUAUGGGAAGGAUGUUGUCACUUUGGCAUCUUGACAAGAAGAACUAUCAACUGACCUUGAACCAGAAGGAGAAGAAAAUACCUUUCAAGGAUGAGGGCGAAAGGAGUAAUGAGAGCAGCAGCAACUGCCAUACGGUAAGCAACCAAGACGUGAGGGCUCAUACCUUGGUUCAAAGCUAGUUUCGCUACUAUAGACAUCAGUGCAUACAAAAACUGAAUGAAAACAAUGGCUAUGAAUGGCCUUGCUUUCUGAAACUUCAUUUUUUUUUUGUUUGCAGCUUCUCUGCAUAAAAAACCUUUCUAAUGGGGUUUAGAAAAGAGCUAUGUUUUGGUUUGUUAUAAGGACAAUAAGAAAGUUAUAUCUAUGCGUGUAUGUAUAUAUGAAUUUUGUUUGAAGCCU